AAGCUUACAUUUCAGUGCUGCCGACGGUGUGCUCUCGGUUACAGAGGGCGGAUGUAUAUGUAAAAAAGAAAAAAAAUAAUAAUGGCAGCUAACAUGAUUUGGUACACAGUCAAGGGUUUUUAUUCAGACAGUGUUUUGACAUAACAGUGCGCGACAAAAAAAAAAAAAAAAAAAGUGUCACUACUCUUUGUUUGUUAUUGUUAAGUGCAGUGUUGUUAAGGAUUUUCCACUUUUUUAGAGAAAAAAAAAACCCUCCCCCAAGAACCCUUCUUAACAAUCAAGUGAGUGAUUGAAAAAAAAGAUUUCAGUAUAGUGGAUUAAAAAAAAAGAAAAAAGAAGAUGUCGUCGGUGAAGGUGGCGGUGCGGGUUCGUCCCUUCAAUAACCGAGAGAUAUGCCGCGAAGCACAAUGUAUUAUCGACAUGAAUGGAAAUACCACUUCCAUAACAAAUCCAAAAGCACCACCAGGAACUAAAGAUGCGAUUAAAAGUUUUAAUUAUGAUUAUUCUUACUUCUCUAUGGACUCAAACGAUGUUGAUAAUUAUUCAUCACAAAUUAUGGUCUACAAAGAUAUUGGAGAAGAAAUGUUGGAACACGCUUUUGAAGGUUACAAUGUUUGUAUAUUCGCCUACGGUCAAACUGGAGCUGGUAAAUCAUAUACAAUGAUGGGGAAACAAGAGGAGGGACAAGAGGGAAUAAUACCACAAAUUUGUAAAGAUCUUUUUGGAAAAAUCACAUCAAAUUCAAAUGAACAAUUAAAAUAUUCAGUUGAAGUGAGUUAUAUGGAAAUUUAUUGCGAGAGAGUUCGAGAUCUUCUUAAUCCAAAGAAUAAAGGUAAUCUCCGAGUUAGGGAACAUCCCCUAUUGGGUCCCUACGUUGAGGAUCUUUCUAAAUUGGCUGUGAUGUCCUAUCAAGACAUUCAUGAUCUCAUCGACGAAGGAAAUAAAGCCAGAACUGUUGCGGCUACAAAUAUGAAUGAGACCUCAAGUAGGUCACACGCUGUCUUCACAAUUUUCUUCACACAACAGAAACAAGAUUCCAUCACGGGAUUAAUAACAGAAAAAGUCAGUAAAAUUUCUCUUGUGGAUUUAGCUGGUUCAGAAAGAGCUGAUUCGACAGGAGCAAAAGGAACGAGAUUAAAGGAAGGUGCAAACAUCAAUAAAAGUUUGACAACACUUGGAAAAGUCAUUAGUGCACUUGCUGAAAUUGCUACAAAAAAGAAGAAGAAAGCUGAUUUUAUUCCGUAUAGAGAUUCUGUAUUAACGUGGCUCCUUCGUGAAAAUUUGGGUGGUAAUUCGAAAACGGCAAUGAUUGCUGCAAUUAGUCCCGCUGAUAUUAAUUAUGACGAGACACUUUCAACUCUAAGAUACGCAGACAGAGCGAAACAAAUUGUUUGCAAGGCUGUUGUCAACGAGGAUGCAAAUGCCAAACUCAUCAGAGAACUCAAGGAGGAAAUUCAAAAACUUCGAGAGCUUCUCAAACAAGAAGGCAUCGAUUAUCAUGAGGGUGAUGAAAUUAUUAGGUCGAAACGAGAGGGAGACACGAAGGAAUCACGACAAAGGAUUCCGUCUCAUCCAACAUCGACACUUGCCGAAGAAGCUGUUGAACAAUUGCAAGCUUCGGAAAAACUCAUAGCUGAACUGAAUGAGACAUGGGAGGAGAAACUAAAACGAACAGAAGCAAUUCGCUUGCAACGUGAAGCAGUAUUCGCUGAAAUGGGCGUCGCAGUAAAAGAAGACGGUGUAACGGUUGGUGUAUUUUCACCAAAGAAAACACCGCAUUUGGUGAAUUUAAAUGAGGAUCCAUCGAUGUCUGAAUGUUUGAUUUAUUAUAUCAAGGAUGGCUUCACAAGAGUUGGAAGUGCUGAGGCAAAUAUUCCACAAGAUAUUCAACUUUGUGGUCCACACAUACUCAGCGAGCAUUGUGUUUUCGAAAGUCACGAAGGAAUUGUCACUUUAAUACCAAGAAAAGGUGCUCUAAUUUACGUUAAUGGCCGUGAGGUCACGGAAUCCAUAAUUUUGAAAACUGGCUCACGUGUUAUUCUUGGAAAAAAUCAUGUCUUUAGAUUUAAUCAUCCCGAUCAAGUUCGUGAACGUCGUGAAAAAAGUUCACCGGCAGAAACACCAGGAAAUGGCGAAACUGUUGACUGGAAUUUUGCACAAAUUGAACUUCUUGAGAAACAAGGUAUUGAUCUUAAAGUUGAAAUGGAAAAGCGAUUGCUUGUUCUUGAGGAGCAAUUUCGUAAGGAAAAAGAAGAGGCAGAUCAACUUUUUGAAGAGCAAAGAAAGAAUUAUGAAGCUAGAAUUGACGCUUUACAGAAACAAGUUGAAGAACAAAGUAUGACAAUGUCAAUGUAUAGUAGCUAUACACCCGAGGACUUUAAUAAUAUUGAGGAAGAUAUUUUUGUCAACCCAUUGUUUGACGCAGAGAGCAACUGGGGAGAACGGGAAUUUCAGUUGGCAGCAUGGGCAUUUCGUAAAUGGAAAUAUCAUCAAUUUACAAGUCUUCGUGACGAUUUAUGGGGCAAUGCUAUUUUCCUAAAGGAGGCAAAUGCAAUUUCUGUUGAACUUAAGAAAAAAGUUCAAUUUCAAUUUACACUUCUCACUGACACUCUAUAUUCGCCACUUCCGCCUGAUCUUUUGCCAACGAUAGAAGAUGAGGAAGAAGAUGAGAGACCAUUUCCGAGAACAAUUGUUGCAAUUGAAGUUCAAGACACGAAAAAUGGAGCCACUCAUUAUUGGACAUUGGAUAAACUUAGACAACGCUUGGAACUGAUGCGACAUAUUUACAAUGAAGAUUUGAGUCUCAGCACUCUGGAGGUCAAAGAGGAUAUUUUCCAUUGUCUUAUGGUUCAAUCUUGUCAGAAGUUAUCGUUCGCAAAUCUUUUGCCUUCGAGACAGCGACUAGAAUUAAUGAGAGAGAUGUAUCACAAUGAAGCUGAAUUGUCACCAACAUCACCAGAUUAUAAUAUCGAAACAAUAACUGGUGGCGAUCCAUUUUACGAUCGUUUCCCUUGGUUCCGUAUGGUUGGAAGAUCGUUUGUGUACCUAAGCAAUUUGAUGUAUCCGGUGCCAUUAAUUCAUAAAGUGGCAAUUGUCAAUGAAAAAGGUGAUGUUAAGGGCUAUUUACGAGUUGCAGUUCAAGCCGUCGUGGAAGAGGAAAACAGUGAAUAUUCAAGUGGUGUUCGACAAUCGGCACGAAUUUCAUUUGAAGAUGAUUUAUUUGGUGGUCAUAAGCAUAGUAAACGUAAUACAUUAUUGGCGCAGACACUUGAAAAAAAUCAACAAAUUCUUCUUCAAGAAGAGAGAGUUGUUGAGGGACAAACAGAACAAAAGGAUAUGAAAGACGAUGAGGAAGUUGGCGAUGCUGAUAGUGGCCGUGGCGAUAGUUCAGUGUCAAGUGAUAUGAAAGAAGAAGAUCUUCCCGAUCAUCUUCAGCCUGGUGUUGAAUUUACAUUUAGAGUCACAGUUCUACAGGCAAUGGGCAUAUCAACUGAAUACGCUGAUAUAUUUUGCCAAUUCAACUUUUUACAUCGGCACGAUGAAGCCUUUUCGACGGAACCUGUUAAAAAUACUGGCAAGGGAAAUCCACCCGGAUUUUAUCAUGUUCAGAAUAUAACGGUAACGGUGACUAAAUCCUUUUUGGAGUACUUGAAAACUCAACCAAUUGUUUUUGAAGUCUUUGGACACUAUCAACAGCAUCCUUUGCAUAAAGAUGCUAAACUCGAUUACGUGAGACAACCACCGAAACGAAUGUUACCACCUUCAAUUCCAAUAAGUCAACCUGUACGAUCACCUAAAUUUGGAAGUGUAUUACCAUCGCCGAGUACAUCUCAUGUUCAUGCAAAAUACGAUGUUCUUGUUUGGUUUGAAAUUUGUGAAUUGGCACCAAAUGGAGAAUAUGUACCAUCAGUUGUUGAUCAUAGUGAUGAUUUACCAUGUCGUGGUUUAUUUUUAUUACAUCAGGGAAUUCAACGACGAAUUCGAAUAACAAUUGUUCAUGAGCAUGCAACGGAAUUAAGAUGGAAAGACGUGAGGGAAUUGGUUGUUGGACGUAUUAGAAAUACACCAGAGCCAGAGGAAGAGGAUAAUGAUUCGUCUGUAUUGUCACUUGGAUUAUUCCCUGGUGAAUAUCUUGAGAUACCAGGCGAUGACAGAUGUAUGUUUAGAUUUGAAGCUGCAUGGGAUAGUUCACUUCAUAAUUCUGCAUUGCUCAAUCGAGUUACUUCCUAUGGUGAACAAAUUUUCAUGACAAUCUCUGCAUAUUUGGAGUUGGAGAAUUGUGGAAGACCAGCGAUAAUAACAAAAGAUUUAAGUAUGAUAAUUUAUGGACGAGAUGCAAGAGUUGGUCCUCGUUCAUUGAAACAUUUAUUCAGUGGCAGUUAUCGUAAUCAGGAAGCAAAUCGAUUGAGCGGUGUUUAUGAAUUGGUACUUCGUCGUGCAUCAGAAGCAGGAGUGCAAAGGCGACAACGUCGUGUUUUAGAUACAAGUUCCACGUAUGUGAGAGGUGAAGAAAAUCUCCAUGGCUGGCGACCACGUGGUGAUAGUUUAAUAUUCGAUCAUCAAUGGGAAUUGGAAAAAUUGACAAGACUCGAGGAAGUGGAAAAAGUUAGACAUACACUUCUUUUGCGAGAAAAACUUGGCAUUGAUAAAGUGCCAUUUUGCAAUAAAACAAUGCACGAUUUUACUAAAAGUGAAAAGGAGGUGUGUAAUAUGGUGGCAAAAGCAACAAAUGAAUCACACGCGAGCCCAGUGAAAUUGAAAAAAUCGACAAGUAAAGAUGUAUACGAACCAUGGGAAAUGACAGAAAGAGAACGUGAAUUGGCAACAAAAUAUGUGAAAUUAAUUCAGGGAAGAAUUCCAAAUAAAGAACCAAUUGUCCUUACUGAUGUAUCACCUGGUGAAGAUACAAUUACUGAUCUUUCAACUUCAAUGAUGUCGUCGGUUAUUUCAUCAUCAUCACAAGAGUCAGUAUAUUCGCGAAAUGAUUUUUCGCAGCCAACAGGAAUGAUUGUGAAGAGCAGUUCUAAGUCAUGCAUCUUUAGGUUGAGUUCGCCGGAAAGAGCGAGACUUCAGGAAUUACAAGAGAGUAUAUUGUCAGGUGAGGCUGCCAAUCAGAUGAAUAAUAUUGCACCAGCUCCACUUGGUUCAACUUCACCGCUCAAAGAAAGUCUCGUUCUUUAUGUUCCUGAAGUUGAAGAAAUUCGCAUUAGUCCCGUUAUUGCAAGAAAGGGUUAUUUAAAUGUUUUGGAGCACAAAACAAAUGGAUGGAAGAAACGAUGGGUGGCCGUUCGUAGACCCUACGUAUUUAUUUUUAGAGAGGAAAAAGAUCCUGUUGAGAGGGCUUUGAUUAAUUUAGCAACUGCACAGGUUGAAUAUUCAGAGGAUCAAUUAGCAAUGGUCAAAGUACCGAAUACUUUCAGCGUUGUGACAAAACAUCGAGGUUACCUUUUACAAACUUUAGGUGAUAAGGAAGUUUAUGACUGGCUUUAUGCAAUCAAUCCACUUCUGGCAGGACAAAUUAGGUCAAAGUCAGCUCGUAAAAUACCAGGUCCAAAUGUAACACCGAUAACAGUAACGCCUGAAUUUCAAGCGCCAACAAAGUGAAUAUCCAAUUCGCUAGCCGAGGUGAUGAAUGCAGUUAUCCAAUAUCCUCGAAAAUAAUAUAUACUACAUCGGUCUCACUCUGCCCUCUCGAAUCACAGACCUUUUAUAGCUUUCGAUUUUCAGUGAAAAAAUUUCGAAUUUCGAAAGUGUAUGUAUUUCAAAAAAAAAAAAAAAGGGGGACUUUUUUGACCUUCUACGAGAAUGUUUUAAAAUCGAAAAGCUUUUUUUUUGUGACAUCAAAAAAAAAAAUGUGGCAACUUUAAAAAAGUAUUAAAAUUAAAUCUAUUCUCUGGGCAUUCUUUUGAAAAAUAAAAGAAAUGAUUCACAGAGAAUGACGAGAUUUGCACAAAAAAGAUUUAAUAUUCUAGUCAGUUUUUUUUUUCAUUUUUUAUUUUGAGGGUGUGUGUCGAUCACACACUACGGUGAGAUUGUAUGUUUGCAGAUUGUUGAACAAUGUGUACACGUAAUAAAUAUAUAUUUAAAAGGGGAAAAAAGAACUUGAAAGGAUUUGUCAAAAAAUUUUUUCAAGAAUUCAAAUUAUGUGAAAAAUUUUUUUAUUGACAUUUCCUUUGAAGAAUUUUUUUUUUAUCUGAUAUUUAAAAAGAAGAGAAAACAAAAGCUACAUUAUGCCUAAUCAACACGCAUUCCUACACGAUGCACGUUUGUUAUGCGUUUUUCAUUUUUUUUUUUAGAAAUAAAUUUUAUUUAUUGUCAUCGAGGCUGCAUCGCAAAAGUACGCUUAUAAUAUAAAUCUUUUUUAAAAUCUCCCAAAAAGAAAGGAAAACAUUUUCGGUUAUUAAAUUUUUUCAACGUUGGUAUAGACCAAUUGUAUUUACUAAGGCACAAAAAAAUUGGCAGAGUGAUUGAAGAAUGCGGGAGUGAAUGUGCAAACACAUUUAUAUAAAGUGUCUCGUCAUGGCUAGCGAGUACAUUCGAUUUUUAUUUAUUUAUUUAUUUUCUUAAAAAGUACUUAUGAAUUUAGAAAAAUUAUUUAUUGGGAAAAGUGCAAUGAUAGACAAUUUUUUUAAGAAAAAAAAAAAUUCAUUGAUUUCUCAAAAAAAAUUAUACUCAAAAAUUCAUAUAUAGAAAGUAGUAAAUGUUAAUUAAGAAAUUUUCUGUUUGAAAAUUUUUUUUUUUUUUUUUGAACUCGCAGAAGCAGAACGGCCUUUUAGCAAAUUUGUUUAUUAUUUAUUUAUUUUUGUUCUCGAUCUGUACAUAAAAAAUCCCUUUUGUUAAAAAAAAAAAAAAUGCUCAUUUUCAUAUAUACGAAUUGUUUUAAAAAGUUCCGAGCAUUUUUUCUGUCCUCCCCUUCAUCUUUGUACAAAUAGUUUACAAAAUACGAUUAUAUAUUAUUUAAAAUUGACGUAUUUAAUUUAUCAAUGAGACGCAUGAAUUUUAUUCAAAAUUCAUUUUUUAUUUUGUUUUUAUUAAAUUUUAUUAUUAAAAUUCGAAAAAUUGAUUUUAAUUUUUUUUUUUUUUUUUAUAUAAAAAAAUGAAUUUUGAAAAAUGUUUAUGCGCCUCCGUGAAUGUACAUACGCAAUAACGCAAUGAGAAUGGGAGUAAAAGAAAUCGCGCGAAUGUAAUUAUAUAUCUGAUUGUAAUGCAAAUUAUUAUAUAUUAUGAUCCUGUUUAUUAGACACGCGCGUACACAUAUUAUAUGCAUUCGCCGCACCUUUAGAAAAAAAAAAAAAAAAUGAAAAAAAAAAAAAAAAAAAAAUGUGCGACUAAAAUGCUCGGUUCUCAUUUUUUUAGUAGAUAUUUUUGAUAUUUAGAAAAUAAUCAUUUGCAGCGAGUGUUUACAAGGUAGAAAUUAAGCGUGCGACUAUUUUGAAAAUCGCCGCAUUAUAAUACCCGUUGCCUCAUAUCUUUAUUCACGAAUCUCACUAUAAUAAUAUAAAUAUGAAAAAUUAUCCUUUAUACACAAGUUGAUUGACAUAAUUUUAAAAAAAUUUUUAUUUUUGAAAAUAAUUUUCCUUUUUUCUUUUAUCACAUUGAUAUUAAUUCUCUUGAAAUUUCUCAAGAAAAUAAUUUUUCAUUUUAUCUCAUAUAAACAUGACAUUUUUGAACAAUUAAUUUGAUAAUUUAAUUUUUCUCCUAAUUGAAAUGAAAAAUUGAUUGUUCAAAAGAAUUUAUUUUACAUUUGCAAAUUUAUAUACAUGUGAUUUCAAUCUUGCGAGAAGCUUUUACAUGGAAGCUUAAUGUGUAUUAUAAAAAAAAAAAAACUAAAAAAAAAAAUUCUAUAAAAUUCGUUUUUGAGAAAAAUAAAACGAAUAAAGAAAUUGUGUUAUCACAUUUUUGCUUGCUGACUGUUGUAGCGAAUUAAAUAGUUUUAUUUUGUUAAAAAAAAUUCGACGUGUAACGAUUAUAAUCUCUAAACUGUAUUGAUAUAUUUAAGAUCUCUAUUGAUAAUAAAUGUUAAGGCUAUUGAGAAAAGGGGAAGAAAAAAAAAAUCGAGGAUUUGAAAAACGGAGAGUUUUUAGUAUAUAGAGGCAAUUAAUGAUAAAUAUGAGAAGAAAGUCUAUAUACGCGGGACACGCGAAUUCGUUAGUUUGGAGAAAAGAAAAAAAAAGAAAGGAAAAUAGGAUCACUUAUAUAAAUAAAAAAUAGUUAUAUAUUAUAUAUAAUAUAUAUAUUAUAUAUAAAUAUAUGAAAAAUCGAUUUAUUAACUAAACUAAUUAAUGAGAAUGACGACAGAAAAAAAAAAUGAUGUACUACAUAAGUUCGUGUAUUUAUUUAAAAUAAUAAUAAAUAAUAACUAAAAAUCACAUCCUAAAAAAAAAAUUUACGUUCGAUCAUUAUCGAGGCAAUUUUAUGCUCUAAAAGUCUAUUACACUUACACUUUAAAACUCUUGUAAGUGGUAUCAUGUAAUAAAUCGAUCAAUAAAAGCUUACGUGCUUAAAUUGAAGAAA